GAGUGGCAUUAGGAGGGUUUCCUUCAGCACACGUCCCGGGGCAGGUGCUAGCGGGGUGAUCAGGGAGGGGUGCGCCCAGCACCCAAGGGGACGGCGGACCCCGAGCGCUCCACGCUCUCCUGCGCACUGAGCAUGUGCAGACGCCGCCGCUCGCCGAGCUAAAAGCGGCCGGGCUCCUGGUGACUGCGGGAGAAGCGUGGGGCUGCCGAGGCAGGAGGAGACGGGCGAGGGUCUGGAUGUGGGGAUUAGCGCCGCUCGAGUCGCUGCACGGCGACGAGAAGGAGGAGGAUGAAAGCGGAUUAGUGACACAGGGGUAGAGAGGGGGGAGAGGCGGAGAGAAAGCGGACCUGCUGCGGGGAAGGUACCCAGCCCAAGCGAGAGCCCGUGCGCUCGAAGCUGGAUCCCUGUCGGGGAAAGUUAUAGAGCCUGGCACAGAGUAGAGCUUGUGGUGACUAUUUCCCUCAUGCCUCGCUGUAAGGGUUACAGAUCCGCCCCCACGACAGCCUGCUCACACAACUUGUGCCGUGGGAAUCUGGCCGGGAUCCAUGGAGCCGCAGCACCUUCUGCCCUUUAACGCCACAUCCUGACGAGCCUCUCUCCUGCCUGAGGAGCGUCUGCAGACCAGACCUGCUCCCGUGCUCCUCCGGGCUACUGGGGAAGGACCAGCUUAUUCUGCCAUCAGACACGUAAAGAGCAAGAGAGCUCCAGGAUGAGAGGCCACACGGCACAGCUGGGGAUGUUUCAGUAGAGGCGUUUCUUCUUUUCUCCAGAGGGGGGCGGCGGCGCACAGCGAGGAAUGGCCAAACCCUUCUACAGACUGCAGAGGUUUCUUCGGCGGACACAGUUCCUCUUCCUCUUCCUGGGCGCUGCCUACAUCAUGGCCGGGAGCGUCCUGCUGCUGCAGCGCUCCGGCGUCGCCGUUCCGCUGGCUCCGCGGGGCGCCGCCAGCUUCCCGCCGCUGCCCUCGCUCCCCACAAACAAUUUCACAAAAGUGAUGUUGCGUCACGUCUGCCCUGGCUGUUGUCUGCUUCCCCGCAGUGGGUACCUGUUCGCGGGGCUGGAGUAUGGCGCCGAGUGUUACUGCGGCAACCGCAUCACCAGCCCCAGCACCAGGGAUGAGGAGUGCAACCUGGACUGCAAGGGGGAGAAGGGCUCCGUGUGUGGAGGGGUGGGCAGGCUGUCUGUCUAUAAGGUGGAGGAUCUGCAUCCUGGAGCAAAGAAAUACAGGAACGUGCGGUACCGGGGCUGCUUCCACGGGCCGGACAACACAAGCACCGCCUUCCUCGUCCACUCCGUCCAGCCCAACCUGACGGCGCAGUCCUGCAUCGAAGUCUGCACGGACAAGGAGCUCCCCUUGGCUGUGUUCCGGAGACCAGACUGUUUCUGCGGCUACGCCUCCGCCCACUUCACUCUCCACCACCCGGCGGGGGAGUGGCGGUGUGCGCGGGAGACCAACAGCACCAACACCACGGCCCCGGGCCUGCGGGACCACUACGCUGUGUAUCAGACGCCGGUACAAGACACCCGAUGCACAGAGAGGAAGUUCCUGCCGGAGAAGUCUAGCAGCCUGGUGGCCCUGUCCAGUUUCCCCGGCGCUGGAAACACCUGGGUGCGGCACCUGAUCGAGCUGGCUACUGGCUACUACACUGGCAGCUACUACUUUGAUGGCACCCUCUACAACAAAGGCUUCAAGGGCGAGAAGGAUUACUGGAAGAGUGGGCGGACCAUCUGCGUGAAGACCCACGAGAGCGGAAAGAGGGAGAUCGAGAUGUACGACUCCGCCAUCCUGCUGAUCCGGAACCCCUACCGCUCGCUCGUGGCCGAGUUCAACCGCAAGUGUGCCGGGCACCUGGGCUACGCUUCAGAGCAGCACUGGAAGAGCAAAGAGUGGCCGGAGUUCGUGGGGAGCUACGCCUCCUGGUGGGCCUCCCACGUGUUGGACUGGCUAAAGUUCGGGCGGCGAGUCCUGGUGGUGCAUUACGAGGAGCUGAAGAGGGCGCUGUUCCCCCAGCUGCGGCUCAUCAUGGACUUCGUCAACGUCUCCGUGACAGACGAGCGCCUGCUCUGCGUGGAGAGCAACCAGGACGGCAACUUCAAGCGCUCCGGCGCCCGGCAGAAGGCGUUCGAUCCCUUCACCGCGGACAUGAAGCAGCUGAUCGACGGCUACAUAAAGACCGUGGACGAGGCACUCCGGCUCUAUAACUUCACCGGCCUGCCGCAGGAGUACGUGCCCAGAUGAUGACGGAGAGGCGUGGCAGAUUGAAAUCCACACUCGGAGCACUGCUCCAGGGCGGCGGGGGCAAACCCUACCAGCAGACCGAAGGCAACACCAGCAGGAGCCCAGCUUCUGCAGGUGUACAAGGGCACAACACAAGACCAAGGCAACAGCACAGGAGCUGCAGUACAUGUGGCUCGCGACAUUUGCAGAGCCGCUGCAUAAAAACCGUUCUCAGUUAUUCUCAGAAGUUAUUUUUAAUGUUAUUGUUUUUUAAACUUUAAUACAUUUUUGUUUUUUCAAUAGUUCUCGGGGUGCCAAAACUCACUUGUCCUUUUCAAAAUGUAGCAUUCAGUGUCGCCUAAUGGAAUUUCUAUGAAUCCCGACUUCGACGAUUUAUAAAAAGAGUAUAAAUAAAUUAAGCCUCCGUUGCUUGAUUCAGCAGCUCAAACGCGUCUCCGUCAUCAGCCGCGCAGAAAGACACUGAAUCCCAGUCGGGUCUUCCCAAAAAAAGAACGUUCGGGCAUUUGUCAUCUUUGUGCUAAAUCAUGCCCUGAACUGAGAUUUGUGUUAGAGAAGUCUGAAAUCUCUGAAUACUAAAAGCCUAAAUCGAAUCUCAAAUAGGUUUUCACUCCCUGUGACAUCACCUACUUGCAGUAUCUUGCAGUGUAUCUUACACUGUAACAUGCCCUGUGUGGCGGCAGGACUGCAUCAAUCCAGAGUCUGUACUAUGGACAGGAACUGCACCACACAUGUCUCUGCACAUGGGAGGCUCAAUCGCCCAAGGCCUGAAUCAGCACAUAUCAGAUCAGAAGCUGGAAAAACGAAUGCAUUAAUGACCCCAUGAUAGCCUGAAACUACACAGUUCAGUGCCUAAUACCUACAGAAGCACCUCCAAAACCCAGGUUUCACAGGGAACCAGUACAAUUUACGCAGUGCGGGACAGGAGUUACAUGCUGAUGCAGAACCGAUUUAGAGAGCAACAACAGGUAGAGAGCCCGAAGCGUGUUGGCUGUCGGUAGAAAGACAACCACGGGGUCUCGCCCGCUCGCCACAAUGCAUGACCUCAGCACGCGAGUCUUUCAGAUCCCCUCGGAGUUACAGCAGGGCGGAGGGUAAGGGAGAGAAAUAAAUACAUCAUUAACCCUCCCACAGAGCACGCCUGAGGGAAGAAGACGUCCCCCUCCUCUCGUGCCGGCUGCUGCAGGUGCAUCACUCAGGAAGUGUAAUUAUCGGUAUUAUGGCUGCACGGCAUGAGCCGUGUCUCACAAGGGCAACGCUGCAUGCCUGUGGGUGAUACUGAUGUGAGAGAAAAUGCUUUUUUUCUACUAAUCUGUACUGAACAGAUCAUGAGCUUAUUAGCCGCUCUUUGCAACUAGGAGGCAAACUGUCUGCACUUGGAUGGGUAUAACACCUGACAAGCCCCUUUUCCAAGGGUUGUUUUUCCCCUGCUAACGCUUGGAAGUGUCAGUUCCACAAGAAAGAAAUCCACACCAGUGAAAAAUAAAUAUUCAUUGGAUUUCG